GCUUCGAGCGGCUGCCGGCCCGGGGAGAGGAGAUUUACGCUGACCCCACCACCUUUGUGAUGAGGCGAUCCAUCAGUUCUCCAAAGUACGACUAUCUGGGCGACAGACGGCCCGUCCCUGCGGGAAUGUAUCCGUACCACUACCCGGCAUCCCCCACCGUCCAUGACAAAAUGGAUGAACUUUUAGACCUUCAGUUGCAAAGAAACCUAGAGUAUUUGGACCAGCAGAUGAGCGAGAGCGAGACCCUGAUCAGUAUGGUGAACAGGAUGGUGGAGACCUCCCCCCCUAGGGCUCAGCUCUACAUGCAAGUGACGCCCUUCCCGGAGCCGUACAGGGAGAUGCUGCACACCUACAAGCUGAGCGAGCAAGACACCGAUAAGCUACUGGGGAAGCUGUGUGAGCAGAACAAGGUGCUGCGGGAGCAGGAGAGGCUGGGGGAGCGAGCAGAGAAGGAGAGCCUGGAGAGUGCCCUGAUGGGGACGCACCAGGAGCUGGAGAUGUUCGGGAGCCAGCCCGCCUACCCGGAGAAGCUGCUGCACAAGAAGGAAUCGCUCCAGAACCAGCUCAUCAACAUCCGCGUGGAGCUGUCGCAGGCCAGCACGGCCCUGGCAAAUAGCACCGCUGAGUACGAGAGCCUGGAGAGUGAGGUGUCCGCCCUGCACGACGACCUCUGGGAGCAGCUGAACCUGGACAUCCAGGUGAGCAGGAUGCUGCCAGCCCCAGGGUCCCCCCCUGCUAUCCCUGGGCGGGGGACCACGGAGGCUGCGGGGGCCUCAGGAGCGGUGGCCGGCUGCUCUCCCUCCUCCUUUCCUUGGCUCGAUGUUUCUGCUGUGUGUUGUCUCGAUCUUUUUCUAACUCUCUCUUCCCUCCCGGCUCUCAGUGUCUCUGCUUUCACACCUCCCACUCCUCCACCCCAGGAACCAGGCCCGCCUCGACCUCCCCUCCCCAAGUCCUACGUCCCCCUGGAGUCUCCUCCGGCCGUCCCUCCGCUCCCCGGCGAGAGCCGUCUCUGGCCGUACCCCACGUCCCCUUCCUGGCAGCAAGGCGCCGAGGCAAAGAGGGGACAGCCCAAGCCGAGCUUCGAGCAGAGCAAGAAAGAGUCGCAGCGACCAGCCCCCCCUGCUGAGGGGGUCCCGCAGACCCGGCAGGAGCAGGGGGCGGAGAAGGGCGGAGCGGUUUCCACAGUGGGCAUCGUUCCCCCCAGGACCAAGUCUCCGGCAGAGGAGGAGGCGAUGCCUGUGGCUGGUGUGCCAAGGAGGAGCGCCGGCGGCAUGGCCAACGGGCUCAGCUCCCGGGAGAGACCAAAAAGUGCCGUGUUCGCCACCGAGAUGAAGGUGAAGAUGAGCGUGGAGGAGCAGAUCGAC